GUGUCGCCAGCGACGACAGACGUCAAAAGCCGGGUAGCCGAUACAACACCUUCAAUACUCGGUUUGACCUUCUCAAGGUGACCGAUACCGCCGGCCAGUUCAGUCGCGCUCAGUCAGAGGACCGUCUCGGCCGCGCGAUUUAUAAUUGAAAAGUCAAGAUGAGCGUACAGUCAGAUCACGAUAAGCGUAAGCAGAUCUCCGUGAGGGGGAUUGUGGAAGUGGAGAAUGUCGCGGAGGUGAAAAAGGCUUUCAACCGUCAUGUCCACUACACAUUGGUGAAGGACCGCAAUGUCGCGACUCCGAGGGACUACUACUUCGCGCUGGCGCAUACCGUGCGUGACCACCUCGUCUCCCGCUGGAUCCGCACGCAGCAGUAUUACUAUGAGAAGGACCCCAAGCGCGUAUACUACCUCUCUUUGGAGUACUACAUGGGGCGUUCCCUUCAAAACACCAUGAUCAACUUGGGCAUCCAAGGCACCGUGGACGAGGCCCUGUACCAGCUCGGACUGGACAUUGAGGAGUUGGAAGAGCUGGAAGAAGAUGCUGGUCUCGGUAACGGAGGCUUGGGCAGGCUGGCUGCCUGCUUCUUGGAUUCCAUGGCCACACUCGGCUUGGCUGCUUAUGGUUAUGGUAUAAGGUACGAGUACGGUAUCUUCGCGCAGAAGAUCGAGAACGGCGAGCAGCAGGAGGAGCCCGAUGACUGGCUCCGUUUCGGCAACCCGUGGGAGAAGGCCCGCCCUGAGUUCAUGCUGCCCGUCAACUUCUACGGACGGGUCGUCGACACACCGCAGGGCAAGAAGUGGGUCGACACACAGGUGGUGUUCGCGAUGCCGUACGACAACCCGAUCCCCGGCUACAACAACAACGUGGUGAACACGCUCCGCCUCUGGUCCGCUAAGAGCCCCAUCGACUUCAACCUCAAGUUCUUCAACUCCGGCGACUACAUCCAAGCAGUGCUCGACCGCAACGUGGCCGAGAACAUCUCCCGCGUGCUCUACCCCAACGACAACUUCUUCGAGGGCAAGGAGCUCCGUCUGCGCCAGGAGUACUUCAUGUGCGCCGCCACCCUGCAGGACAUCAUCCGCCGCUACAAGUCCUCCAAGUUCGGCUCAAGAGAGGCCGUCAGGACCACCUUCGACAGCCUCCCCGAAAAAGUCGCCAUACAGCUCAACGACACCCACCCGGCUUUGGCCAUCCCGGAACUUCUAAGAAUCCUCAUCGACCAGGAGAAUCUCCCCUACGAUGAAGCGUGGAAGCUGGUCACUAAAUGCUGCGCGUACACCAACCACACCGUCCUGCCUGAAGCGCUGGAAAGAUGGCCUGUCUCCAUGCUGGAAAACGUCCUCCCUAGGCAUAUGCAGUUGAUCUAUCAUAUCAACUUCCUCCACCUUCAGGAGGUCGAGAAGCGCUGGCCGGGCGAUGGAAACCGUCUCCGCCGCAUGUCUCUGAUCGAAGAAGAGGGAGAGAAGCGAGUGAACAUGGCGAACCUCUGCAUCGUCGGCUCCCACGCCAUCAACGGCGUCGCCGCUAUCCACUCCGAAAUCCUCAAAGCGACCAUCUUCAGGGACUUCUACGAAAUGUGGCCUGAAAAGUUCCAGAACAAGACCAACGGGAUUACCCCCCGCCGUUGGCUGUUGCUCUGCAACCCUGGAUUAUCCGACCUUAUCUGUGACAAGAUCGGUGAAGAGUGGACGGUGCACCUUGAGAAGCUGCAGGGCCUGAAGCGCUGGGCUAAGGACCCCGGCUUCCAGCGCGCCGUGAUGAAAGUCAAGCAGGAGAACAAGUUGAGGCUGGCGUCUUUGAUCGAGCGUGACACUGGGGUUAAAAUCAACCCGGCAUCCAUGUUCGACGUGCAGGUGAAGCGUAUCCACGAGUACAAGCGUCAGCUGCUGAACAUCCUGCACGUGAUCACGCUGUACAACCGGAUCAAGCGCGACCCGGCGGCGGUGGUGACGCCGCGCACGGUCAUGAUCGGCGGCAAGGCGGCGCCCGGGUACUACAUCGCCAAGCAGAUCAUCGCGCUGGCGUGCGCUGUGGGCAACACGGUGAACAACGACCCUGACGUGGGCGACAAGCUGAAGCUGAUCUACCUGGAGAACUACCGCGUGACCCUCGCCGAGAGGAUCAUGCCCGCGGCCGACCUUAGCGAGCAGAUCUCCACAGCCGGUACUGAGGCUUCCGGCACUGGCAACAUGAAGUUCAUGCUGAACGGAGCGCUCACCAUCGGCACCAUGGACGGCGCCAACGUGGAGAUGGCCGAGGAGGCUGGCGAGCACAACCUGUUCAUCUUCGGCAUGAGGGUGGAUGAUGUCGAGGCUCUGCAGAAGAAAGGUUACAACGCGUACGAGUACUACGAGCGCAACCCCGAGCUCCGUCAGUGCGUGGAGCAGAUCCGCAGCGGGUUCUUCUCGCCUGGCGAGCCCGGCCGCUUCGCUCACAUCGCCGACGUUCUGCUCCACCACGACCGCUUCUUACAUCUGGCCGACUUUGACGCCUACAUCGAGGCGCAGCAGCGAGUCUCUGACGCGUACCAGGACCAGGCGAAGUGGGCGGAGAUGGUGAUCGAGAACAUCGCGUCGUCGGGCAAGUUCUCGUCGGACCGCACCAUCGCGGAGUACGCGCGCGAGAUCUGGGGCGUCGAGCCCUCCUGGGAGAAGCUGCCCUCGCCGCACGAGACCGUCUAAACGUCAUUCCUCCCUCCAGUCAAGGUUACUUGCACCAGCCAAUAACCCGGGAUUAACCGGUUACCAUGGUUACCAGUACACUCGUUAAAACAUCAAAACAUCAUCAAAACAUCAACAUUUAUUCAGCAAAUAGGCCACAAGGGCACUUUUACACGUCAACAUUGAAUUUACAUAAAAGCAAAAAUAAUAACAUCAACAAUUUUAUAAAAUAAAACUAACAAUUCAAUCUAACGUAUUACAAUUACUAAGAGAUGUAUAUGGUCUCUUAAUGUCGAAUUACAUACAAAAUACAGAUAAAAAAACACACACAAAAAAAAUCUAUAAUAUUUAGAGGUGUAAAAUGUCUCUAGGUGUCAGAACUAUAAGAUUAUAUAGUUUAUCAAGUUAUCCUUAGAGAUGUAUAAGGUCUCCAAGAGUCAAUAUCCUGUAUAAUUAAUACAUUCAUUAAAAGAAAAGAAACAUACGAGAACAGAAUGAGGCGUCUCACUGUAAUUAAUUAAUAAAAGUUACUAAGUAUAAUAGCUCGUGUUAGCUUAACAGACCAGUCUCCACAAACAGCACCCGUUCACGAGUAUGACUAACGUUUACACUGGGAUAACGUUUUAACCGCUUAACACCGGGUUAGUGGGAUGGUGCAAGUGGGCCUCAGCACCAGAAUCAGUGUACACCGAUAUAAACCGUGCAAUCCAACUUCGAACAAAAAAUGAGCGGAUCUCUGGUAAAAACAAGUGACGACGCGACAGAUUUAAGCAGGUUUUGUAAGCGAGGCCCGGGCGGCCGUCGCGCGCAAGCAAAUGAGUUCGGGAUUUUGAAUUUCGUACGAGAAAUGUAAAUUGUUCGAAGUUGGACUACUGGGUCUAAAAGACACGUUCCUUAUACUGUGCCAGAACUAUAGUUUGCAAGUCACUUGUCGGCCGACCAUAGGCUAAAAUAAUCAUGUUGUCUGUUACUGACAAGACUGGUUUGCCAGACUAUAAUAUAGUCUGGCAAACGUAUGGGGUGCUGGGAAAUGACUGAAACACGCUCUUAUUAUCUUAACAAUAAAGUGUUCAGUUCAUUUUGAAUAAAUAAGGUCUCUUAUUAACUUCUGCUGCUGAUCAUACAAAUCUGAAAAAUGCGCGCCAUUUGCGAAUCGCUCUCGCACUCGACGCAGGCGGUACAUCGUACUACGUAAGGUUGGUAUUCCACCUAUCCAAUUACUUUGUCCAAUGUGUAUUUAUGUCACACAUUUUGCUUAGAGAGAGAGUGAGACGCAAUGCACAUUGGACAAAAUAAAUUGGACAGGUGGAAACCACCCUUAUGAACGUCUGUUAGCGAGCCUUUUGCGAAUAAUGCAUUUUUCCGACUUGGGAAUGAAAUAAAAUAAGGCUCGAAAUGAAUUGGGAUGCUUCUCUUGGUGCGUUUUAUUAUUUCUUUAACCACAGAUAACACAUGAGUGGUGAUCUUAUACAUACUUGUACCAUAAAGAUAUAAAGGCUCUAUAAGUCCUUAGUGAAAAGAUUGUCUAAAAUUAUUAAAUUAAAAUUAAAGGGUUAGCAACUUUACAUCAUCAACUAAAGACAUGUUGAUCAAUUGAUCAUUGUCUAAAAGUAGCUGCUAUUUUUUAUUGUUAGAAAAUUCUUGCAAAUAAAUUUAUCGUGUUUAUAAUGUUGGCUCUAUUUUUAUCUUUCUAGUCUUAACCUUAUCUGUAGGCAAACUUUUUAGAGCAGCUUUUGGGGACCUUUUCACAACUCUUUGUCUCUAUUAUUAGAAAUUAAAAAGUAAGAGCACUUUGAAACAUCUGUUCCUUUUGAUAUAAUUCUUUAAAGUCAUCGGUAAAAUGAAAAACAAAUUGAUUUGCUAAAAAUUUAAGUUGCCCUCACAGCAUGAUGGUCGCGCGUUUGUCGUCUUUCGUUUUAGAACUGAGGGCCUACCGCGAACCACGUUCGACGUCGUGCCUCCCUGUCACACUUACGUGCGAAUUUACAAGUGCGACUGAGAGGCAACACGUCGAACGUGGUUCGCGGUAGGCCCUCUGUUUCUAUUCUCGAUGACUACAGUGACCGCCAAUUUAGAGACGAUUUGCUUGCGCUCGAUCAAAUUGCGAUCUUGGUAGCUAUGUUUGAUCCUUUUGUAUUGAGUAAGAGUUGAUUGCAAGAAAACCUAUUGAGAUUAUAGUAUGGAACGUUAUAAAUAACGUUGUAGAAAUAAUAAACACCAGUUUUAGACUAGGCAAAGUCCAUAAUAGAUAGUUAAAGUGUUUAUAUUCACUUAAAUUAUGUUUGAAUGUUAUUUUUGUACUAUUAUGUCCGCGUAAAUCUUUUUGAGAAUUUAUUUAUGUGCCAUAAUUAAAAGAUAAAUAUAAAUUUAUAUUAAUUAACGAUGUUAUUUAUAUUGGUCAGGUAGAACCUGGUUGUUUGAGAUGAUUAUACUCGGUAUUUUAUUUGAUGGAGUGUGAGAAAACGAAUUAUAAUAUAUAAAAUGUAUUUUCAACAUAUUUUUUUAUAUAAAAAUGCAGUAAAUAGUUAAAAAAUAAACCAAUAACGAGACUUAUAAUAAUCUUCUAAAUUACAACUUUUUGAAUUUGUUUUGUGUAUGAAGUCAAUAUGAACAAUUAUUAGAAAAAUAAGGUUAUAAUUAAAUUUUAAGGCUAUUUAGUUAUCAGUUUAUAAAAAAAUAUAGUAUAUUAUAAUAAAUUACUGCCAUAUGUAUUGUUAGUGUGCUGUUAUGUUACUCUGCAAUUUUAUAUUUAAUAAACUAUUAACAUUA